AUGCCGUCGAAAGAAUAUGAGGUGGAAAAAAUCGUUGACGAAAAAUUGGACCGACAUGACAAGGUAAAACUUUACAGAGUACGUUGGUUAAAUUACUCUGCUCGAAGUGACACCUGGGAGCCUCCGGAAAACCUUUCGGGUUGUCCUGAAAUCCUUGCUGAAUGGAAUCAGAAGAAGCAAAAAAUUCAAAAAACCGGUACACCAAAAAAGGGGACCAAGUCACCGUCUCGUCCAAAAUCCAAGCAACAUGCAUCACCUUUACGAAAAGAGGCUCGCUCAGACCAUACGAUUUCCGACAAAAAAAAAAAAGAAAGGCCUUCCGAGCAUUCGAUAAGCACUGCUCGUAAACGCGCUUCCUCUCUUUCAUCUGGUCCCGAAAAGCGAUAUCCUCCUGCUACAAAACAUCGUUUGAUCAAAAGUGAUGAUUUGGAAGAAAAACAAAAAGUAGCCAAGGAAGUAUUGGACAACAAGAGAAAUGUCUCAAAUACUUCAAUUUAUUCUUCUUCUGACUCUCAACCCCUCCAUACCACAUCCAUUCCCGCACCAGAUAAGCAAAGUAAUCCUGUGAAGCAAAAUACUUACGAUUGUCUCUCUUUUUACGAAAAAAAGGAACUAUUUCGAGAACGGUUAAGGAAUUUAAAAGGACCAGAAAUAACCUUGGUAAAUGAAGUAGAUGAUGAACCUUGCCCUUCUCUGGAUUUUCAGUUCAUCACAGAGUAUCGGCUUACUGAAGGCGUCACUCCCCCAGAUCCAAAUUUUCAAUCUGGCUGCAAUUGUCCUGCUGAUGGCUGUGACCUAAACGAUUCUUCGCGGUGUGAAUGUCUGGAUGAUUUGGAAGAGCCAAAACAUUUCGCCUAUGAUGCCCAAGGAAGAGUUCGACGCGAUGCCCCCGCUGUCAUUUAUGAAUGCAACUCUUUUUGCUCUUGCCCAUCAUGUUGUCCUAAUCGUGUAGCACAGCGUGGCCGUACUCUUCCUUUGGAAAUUUUUAAAACCAAGGGAAAGGGUUGGGGUGUUCGUUCUCUUCGAUUCAUUCCCUCUGGGAGGUUCAUUACUUGUUAUUUGGGAGAAGUUAUUACUUCCGAAGAGGCCGCUAAACGUGACAAAUAUUAUGAUCAAGAUGGUAUUACUUAUUUGUUUGACUUGGAUAUGUUUGAAGACUCGAGCGUUUAUACCGUUGAUGCUCAAAAUUAUGGUGAUAUUUCCCGGUUCUUUAAUCAUUCUUGUUCACCUAACCUAGCUAUUUAUUCUGUGAUACGUAAUCAUGGAUUUAGAACCAUUUAUGACCUUGCUUUCUUUGCUAUAAAAGAUAUAGAGCCUCUGGAAGAACUCACCUUUGAUUACGCAGGCGUGAGAGAUAACUCUUUACAGUCUUCGCAACAGUGUCAACAAAUGAGGUCUUUUAAAAUACGAAGGAAAUGUAAAUGUGGAGCACUCAAUUGCCGCGGAUGGCUAUUUGGAUAG